AUGGAAAAUGACCCAACAACCCCCAGCUCCCCUCACAGCAUCAGCUGGCUCUCCGAACGAACCCUUUCGGUCUCCACCUCAAGCACAACCCUAGCAGACCCUCUCAGCCCAAUGAGCACGUCCAUCAUAACACCUCUAGACCGCACUGAAUCCUUCCCAACUGAAUCCCCUACAUUCCACGAGAGCCCCAAUUUCCACCCACAUUUCCUGCCCCUCCUACGCCACCUCUCCCGCCGACUCUGGCCCCUCGUCAACAGCGAAACGGGCCUCGAGCACCCGGACUUCCCAGCAAAUAUGCUGGCCUACAAUCUUCUGACCUCGGAGCAGGUCGAUAACCUUGCCCGCCAUUUCCAUCAAGUCUACCCGCCUGUCCCCGCCACAUUUAAUUAUCCUGUUCAUAUUACCCCGUGGAUUGGCACGGAGGAGGAGAAGACUAUUGAUCUCCCUACGAGGGUACAGAGAUUGGGGCGGUUUUUUGGGUUGAAGGGGUGUGAGGAGGAGGAUGUGGAUAUGGAAGAUGUUGAACAAGGUGAUGAUGGGAAUGCAAACGGGAAUGGGGAGAAUAUGGGUGAGAGUGAAGCUGAAGUGCUCCGGCAGAUGGAGCUGGAAUGGCAGCAGGCAUUGCAGAGGGCGUAUGCUGAGGAGUCGCAUCGGUGGAAUUUGAAGUGA